CAAUGAGAGAGAGUGCAAAAGGCGGGACUUUACAUAUGACAGCCAAUGCCGUAUCACGUUUGUAAUACGUUACUUAGCUUUAGUCACAUCCGGUUCUGCACUUUAAGGUCCGCUCAGGUUUUUGCUUUGAGCCCGGCUCUCGGUCUCCAGGAUGUACGGAUUCUCUCGGGUGCUGUUGCAGGUGCUAUCGGCCCAGCUGCUCUGCGUGUUGGUGCUGGGCUCCGAGCUAACUUUUGAGCUCCCAGACAACGCCAAGCAGUGUUUCUACGAAGACAUCAUAAUCGGCACCAAGUGCACAUUGGAAUUUCAGGUGGUUACCGGUGGCCAUUAUGACGUGGACUGUCGUCUGGAGGACCCAGAAAGCAUUACACUCUACAAAGAGAUGAAGAAGCAAUAUGACAGCUUUACCUUCACAGCAGCCAAGAAUGGCACCUACAGGUUCUGCUUCAGCAACGAAUUCUCCACCUUUACACACAAGACUGUGUACUUUGACUUCCAGGUUGGCGAUGACCCUCCACUCUUCCCAAAUGAGAACAGAGUCACUGCUCUCACUCAGAUGGAAUCUGCUUGCGUGUCGAUUCAUGAGGCCCUGAAGUCUGUCAUCGACUACCAGACUCACUUCCGCCUUCGUGAGGCACAGGGACGCAGUCGGGCGGAGGACCUCAACACUCGUGUUGCAUUCUGGUCCAUCGGCGAGGCCAUUAUACUUCUGGUGGUCAGCAUUAGUCAGGUGGUCUUGCUGAGAAGCUUCUUCUCUGACAGGAAGACUACUACCACACGCGUCGGAUCGUAACAGGCUCUGAUCCCCAGGAUUUGAUUUACCACUUUCUUUAUCCGUAUAUGGACACCUGGACCUGUGCAUACAGUAGGUUAAAACAUCAGUGCUGAUCUGAAAUUGGAUCAUAUCAAACUGCUAGAUCGUACAAUCUCCCGACAGGUCAUCCAUAUACAGCCCUGAUUGUCUAACAAACAUUAUGCUAAUUAGUCCUGAAGGUUAAAGGUUAUGUAUCUUAUGUAAGGUUAUGUAUGUUUUAAAAUAUUUUUGCAGGGUGAGAUGUAAACCUAAAGAAAUACAUUUUGUUGCUUGUAGCUAUCUGUAUUGGAGGCUGUCCAAGGUCAUAUAGUUAAAGCUAAUUUCUAAAUGUGUUCUUUAUUGUAUUUGUUAUUUUCUGACCCUGUAAUUUCAAAUGCUAUCUCCCUGAUCUCAUCCAAUUUUGAGCGCAAACUGUGCGCAAGUGGAAUUUUAACUAAAUGUACUCAUUCAAGGUUUGUUUUUGUUUGUCUUUACAUUUAGGACAUUGGGUCUCUAAAACCACUUGUCCAGUGAAAUUAAACCCCACAAAGGUUGCAUUUUGUUAUGAAAAAUGUUUUUUUCUCUAUUAAACCUUGCUGUGUUAUGUGAGAGUA